AUCCUAUUAACAGCUCAUUAUCAUUAGUGAAAUACGGGGAAAAUAUGAAUUAUGCAUCUAGCAAUUUUUUAUCAUUCAUGCACAUUUUGAUUGUCAGGCGUCAGAGUACGUUCGAUGGCAGUCUGUCGAACAUUGGUAGUUUCCCGUUUGAGUGUUGUUUACUCCCUUUGAGAGAUUAGUUUAUUCUCCACGAAUAUAAACAUCGAAAAAUCAAAAACUAAGUUGAUAAAAAGUUGUGUGCUCCGGUAUAAUUUUUUAGUAUCAGUGACGGACAAAGGUGAUAUAAAAAUGUCCUCUUGUCCAAGCGACUAUGAUCCCAGUGAAUCGUCCAAAUCUCCACAAAGUAUUUGGGAGUCAGGAGGAUACAGUUCUCCGUCGCAACAAGUUCCUCAAUUGACUUCUAACUUAACAGAAUUGUCUGUUGAUCACAGCUAUAGAUACAAUGGAAAUGGACCAUAUCUACAGAUCACAGAGCAACCACAGAAAUACUUUCGGUUCCGUUAUGUUAGCGAGAUGGUGGGAACACAUGGAUGUUUGCUUGGCAAAUCCUAUACAACAAAUAAAGUUAAAACUCAUCCGACAGUUGAACUCGUGAAUUACACCGGUCGAGCCCUGAUAAAGUGCCAACUGUCGCAAAACAAGAGCGAAGACGAACACCCGCACAAACUGCUCGAUGAACAAGACAGAGACAUGAGCCACCACGUUCCCGAGCACGGCAGUUAUAGAGUGGUAUUUGCUGGUAUGGGUAUAAUUCAUACUGCCAAAAAGGAAGUUGCAGGGUGGCUCUAUAGAAAAUAUAUACAGCAGAACAAGAAUGAAAAGUUUAAUAAGAAAGAGCUCGAAGCGCAUUGUGAGAGGAUGUCCAAAGAGAUCGAUUUAAAUAUAGUUAGACUGAAGUUUAGCGCUCACGAUAUUGACACUGGCAUUGAAAUUUGCCGGCCAGUGUUCUCUGAACCCAUUUAUAAUUUGAAGUGUGCGUCUACGAAUGAUUUGAAAAUAUGCCGCAUAAGCCGUUGUUACGGUAGACCGAGAGGCGGCGAAGAUAUCUUCAUAUUUGUCGAAAAGGUCAACAAGAAAAACAUCCAAGUUCGGUUCUUUAGACUGGAAAACGGGGAGCGCACCUGGUCAGCGAUGGCGAACUUUCUGCUAAGCGAUGUUCACCACCAAUACGCUAUCGCUUUUAGAACGCCACCGUACGUCAAUCACCAAAUUUCUGAAGACGUGCAAGUUUUUAUAGAACUCGUACGCCCUUCAGACGGUAGGACGAGCGCUCCCAUGGAGUUCACAUACAAGGCUGAGCAAAUCUAUAAACAGAACAAGAAACGUAAAACUACUUCGUCGUACUCGUCGCUCGACAGCUCCUCAGGUUCGGCCGGUUCAAUUAAAAGCAUCAGCGAACUGCCCGCGCCCGUUGUUUUUGCUGAAAACUUACCUGAAAACAAUGAGCGUAUUAUAGAUAUACCCGUACAACAGAAUAUGCUGUACCAGGUUCUGCCAAGUCAAUGUGAUUUAGCCGACGCGUUCAUGGAGGUGGACAGCAAGGGAAGUCCGGCCAGCGUCGUGGACCCGAUGUGGGCCGGCGCCGACGGCGGGCUGCAGAUGGCGUCGAGCCUGCCCGCCAUCAAACUCGGCUCCACCGAACUAGAGAGCUUGGCGCACCGCGGCAAGGACGGAGUGCCAAUUGACAAAGAAUUUUUUGACAAUUACCUUAGCUCACUGAACUCACUUGGUGAACUUAACGACGAUGAUGAGAUCAAUCAUAUGCAAUAUGUGCGCUCGUUACAGAUGGUCCACGCCGACUCGGCACGACGAAAGGCUGAACCGCAACCCAAAGACACUGUAACCAAACCGACGCAAUCUUCCCCGAAGGACACAGACUAUGGCGCCCAGUCGGCACGCCCCACUGAAUAUUCUGCUUAUUAUAAAAUGGAAGACGGCGUGGAAGUUAAAAAACUGGUGAAAGAAUUGUGUAGUAUCAUACAGAACAAAGCGGGAUAUAAAAAACAAGAAGUGAGAAACAAAUUGGAGAGGCUGUUCACCUACCGUCUGUCCAACGGAGAUACAUUCCUUCAUAUGACAUUGUGCAGCAAUCAAAGUAGUUUUGAAUACAUUGUCAAAAUCAUACAUAGCGUGAAAAUGACACAUCUAUUGGACUAUUGUAAUAAUAAACAGCAAACCAUAUUACACAUGGCUAUUGUAAACGACCUGCCUCGGAUGGUCUCCUUACUUAUUGCAAAAGGCUGCAAUCCAAUGAAUAAAGACAGUGAAGGCGACAAUGCGGUGCACUACGCUGUGAGGAGCGAAUGUUGUUUAGAAGCAUUAUUGGACGCCAUAAAAAAUAACAAUGUUCGGUGCGAUUUGAACGACUGCAAUAACGAGAAGCAGACGGCGCUGCACCUGUCGACGAGCGGCGCGAGCGCGCGGCUGCUGGCGGCGCGCGGCGCCGACCCGCGCGUGCGCGACGCGCAGGGCCGCACGCCGCUGCACCUCGCCGCCUACGACGACAACUGCGACGUCGUCAGCGCGCUGCUCGAGUUCGUGUCGCCCUCGGAAAUAGACGUUGUGGACGGCUGUGGAAACACUGCGUUACAGAUCGUCUGCGGCGGCUCCGUUAAGAAGAACACUUUGGAAAUAGUAAAACUGUUGCUCCAAAAAAAGGCUGAUCCGUUGAAGCAAGAUGGGCACAACAUAUCGGCGUGGAAGAUGGCGCGCGAACACUCCGAAAUACGGGACGCGAUGAAGGACUACGUCCCCGCCGCUGCGUACGAGGAGGACACCAAGUCGGAAAUGGACGAUGAGUUCGAAUCCGCUGAUGAGGAGGACUACCGGAUGGGUUCCGGGUCGGGCGCUGUGAGUCUGCCGGAGCUGGGCGCGUACGUGGAGGCGCUGAGCGCGGCGCUGGAGGCGGGCGGCGCGUGGCGCGCGCUCGCGCACCGCCUCGGCCUCGCCGCCGCGCUCGACUGGUGCGCGCGACAGCACGCGCCCGCGCGCACGCUGCUGCUGCACCUCAAGGUACUCACGCACUACAUGUACAGACACGUGGAGGCGCUGAGCGCGGCGCUGGAGGCGCUCGCGCACCGCCUCGGCCUCGCCGCCGCGCUCGACUGGUGCGCGCGACAGCACGCGCCCGCGCGCACGCUGCUGCUGCACCUCAAGGUACUCACGCACUACAUGUACAGACACGUGGAGGCGCUGAGCGCGGCGCUGGAGGCGCUCGCGCACCGCCUCGGCCUCGCCGCCGCGCUCGACUGGUGCGCGCGACAGCACGCGCCCGCGCGCACGCUGCUGCUGCACCUCAAGGUACUCACGCACUACAUGUACAGACACGUGGAGGCGCUGAGCGCGGCGCUGGAGGCGCUCGCGCACCGCCUCGGCCUCGCCGCCGCGCUCGACUGGUGCGCGCGACAGCACGCGCCCGCGCGCACGCUGCUGCUGCACCUCAAGGUACUCACGCACUACAUGUACAGACACGUGGAGGCGCUGAGCGCGGCGCUGGAGGCGCUCGCGCACCGCCUCGGCCUCGCCGCCGCGCUCGACUGGUGCGCGCGACAGCACGCGCCCGCGCGCACGCUGCUGCUGCACCUCAAGGUACUCACGCACUACAUGUACAGACACGUGGAGGCGCUGAGCGCGGCGCUGGAGGCGCUCGCGCACCGCCUCGGCCUCGCCGCCGCGCUCGACUGGUGCGCGCGACAGCACGCGCCCGCGCGCACGCUGCUGCUGCACCUCAAGGUACUCACGCACUACAUGUACAGACACGUGGAGGCGCUGAGCGCGGCGCUGGAGGCGCUCGCGCACCGCAACGGCCUCGCCGCCGCGCUCGACUGGCGCUGA